CCCAGUCAUACUACACUCUACCAAUAUGUCAGGCUGUAAGAAGCCUCGAACUGUAGCAAAUCCACUAGAAUCGACUAUUACAACACCGAGCGAAAGAAUCCUGAAAGAAUGCCACAACUUAUAUAUCGACAACAGCAACGCCCUGUGUUCCUCUGUGUGUUUGUAAAAGGAUUAGUGAAAAUUGCAGAGAGUUUGGGGCUCAGGCUGCUACCUCCUCGGAAAAAGAUUAUAGUUAUGAUUAUGGGAAACCACUCGGCCGGGAAAAGCUCCUUUAUUAACUGGUAUAUGGAGGAACACAUACAGAAGACAGGUGUUGCCAUAGAGACACAAGGCUUCACGUUUAUUACCAGUGGCAGGAAGCGAGAAUCUCUUACUGGAAAUGCAACGUUACACCUUUACCCACAUUUCAGACCACUGCUGGAGUUCAAAGGUGUGACGGAUUACCUGAGCGCUGAGAUCUCCACCUCCAAACAGAAGAAGUUCAGCUUGGUGACGUUUGUUGACACUCCGGGUUUGGUGGAUGGAGAUAUGGUGUACCCGUUCGAGGUCAACAACGCCAUCACCUCUUUCGGUGAGCAGGCGGACCUCAUUUUUGUGUUUUUCGAUCCGAUGGGACAGGCAUUGUGCAAGCGCACGUUGAACAUCGUGGAAAAGCUUAGCGAGAAAUGUGGAGACAAACUGAGAUUUUACCUGAGCAAAGCUGACGAGGCUGGACGAGAAACAGACAGACAGCGAGUCAUGAUGCAGAUCGUCCAAGAGCUGUGCAGACGACCAGGACUCAACAAAUGUGGAUUCGAAAUGCCCACCAUAUACAUCCCCAACCCUCAAAAACCCAGCAGAUGUGUCAAUCAAAUUGAUGAAGUGUGUGAGACGAUUGAGAAGAGUAUAAACCAGGCCGUGCAGAAAACUCUGAACCAGCUGGAGAAAGACUGUGACCUCAUCAUCUCUACCAUCAGCAAUACACUGGAUCAGGACCGGAUGAAUGUGAGCUGUAAUAGAAGCAACCGCUUUCAUUCUUUCCUGUGUGGAUUUCUGGGAAUCUUCCUCCCAAUGCUGUUCAUCCUCAGCUUCAUCAUCAGCACUUUCGUUCCAGAGGACCUGGACGCUCUCAUGGGCGAGGGACUCGCUAAACCACUCUACUUAUCCACCGGUGUAGUUGUGUAUCUGUGGGAAUGGAUCCCUGAAGACUGGCAGAUCAUGUUUGUGAUCACAUUUGGUGCUCUCUCCUACCUUUUGUUUUUUCUGGCCAAAUAUUUUGCACGCCAAAGCAACAAGACGCUGACUAAGAGAGAGAAAAAGAAGCUGGUGGAAGACAGUGAUUAUGUUCAAGAUAGUGUCAAAGCCAAGAAGCAUAAACUUUAUGAGGAGUAUCUCCAACAGUGUGCGGCAGAAUACGACUUUUGAAGAAAACCAGCAAGUCUGUCAUAAAUAAUUUCUAUAAAGCACAUCCAUGGAUCGAACGUCGAUAUUGUUUCAUGUGUGUCAUAGUGUAUUACAGUGCAUGAAGAUUGUACAAAUAAGUGCCUUUUUUGUUAAAUGUGAAUUAUUGAUAAGAGUUUUAAAAUGUGAUGAACAAACAUGACCUCAAUGUUAUCUUAAGCUGUUUUUUUAUCUUGGGGAAGCAUUUUUAAUAAUCUGAAUUACAACUUUUUACAGUUAAUAAGCUGCAUUAUCACAUUUUUGUUAUUAUUGUCAUUUUUAUAUCACUUCUGUGGCCUUUAAAUCUGCAUUUUAACCAAACCAAACAUGAUACUUGCUCAACAGCAUAGAUUCUAUAAUACCAGUUUGUUUUCAGUGUUUACAAUUUAAAAGUGACAUUUAUACAUUAAUAAAUGAAUGUGUAAUAAUAUGCUCUUUCGGUGGCCACAGAAUAAGCACUGCUGUGUGACUUUAAAUCAAACUUUCUUGAGGUCUUCCUGUCAUUCAUGUUUAUGUGUAUUAACUAGUCUUAUGUUUGUGUGUAUGAUGUCGAUAUAUGAUUGUAGUAAGAUUGUUUCGUUGUGUAAUGCUGCCUACAAUAAUCGUAUACAAUCUUUUCAGUGAUAUUCUUAGGCCAGUUUUUGAGUACUAUGAACACAUUUUGGAAAAGCUUUUGUACCAUCCAUUUUAAUGCAGUUUCUUCUUGUCAGACUGCCGAUCAGAGCACUGUUUUGUUUUUAUUUACACCUGCAUUUUAUUUAAUGUAAUUUAAAGAAACAGUAGCACUUACAUGAUUUUAAGGAAAAUAGCAGUGUUGGAGGAAAAUGUAAAUCUUCGUAUUUUGUUUUUGUCUUUAUGCUCCGCUAUUGUCACAAUAUUUUUCAGAUGGAUGCCAAUUUUAACAUGCUUUAAAAUGUCCUAUCCUAACCUUGGGAUUUUUAACAAUCUUUUUGAGAACUUUGUUUGUAAUAAUCUUAUUGUUUUUAACUUAUUAAGUAUGUCACCGUCUUGUAUGAUCUCCCUUGAUUUAUUUGUUUUGGUUAGUAUAUACAAAAGUAUAUACAAUCGUCAUGUGUGCUUAUGAAAGAACACAGCAAUAAAAUGUCAUAGCAACAAA